AUGACAUCCACCGAGAAGACCUACGAAGGAUCCUGCCAUUGCAAGAACGUCAAGUUCAGCGUGAUCCUAGCAACGCCUAUCGAAGAGCAAAACAUCAUCAACUGCAACUGCACCCUUUGCUUGGACCGCGGUCACCUCAUGUUCUUCGCUGCGGGCGACAAAAUCACGGUCGAGGGCGAGGAACACCUCAGCACUUACUCCUUCUACAAGAAGGUUAUCCAUUACCACUUCUGCAAGAACUGCGGGUCCAGCUUGUUUGGGCAUGACGAGGGCAAGACGCAUUAUGGAAUCAAUGCUCGAUCCCUCCACGGUGUCGACUUGGACAAGUUGAAGUUGGUCGAGUACGAUGGUGCCUCUGCUUAA